GAAGGGAAGGGCGGGGCCGCUGACGAAGCGGCCUCUGGCGCGGGUUCCUGGGGAGUCACGUGACCCAGGCCCGCGCCUGCUCUGCCCUGAGCCGGCCACGUGCGCGUGAGGACACGCCCCGCCCCUGCGCAGUUUGGACCCGGCUGAAGUCCGCGGCCGGGGCGCGCCGCUGGGCGUGUCCCUGCUCCUGAGUCGCCUUCCUCCUCGCAGCGCAGCUGGGGAGCCGGGUCCCCCUUGGCUCUGCCCUGCGCCAUGCAGUUUGUCCAUAGAUAUGACAGGUGGUGCCUUGCGGCCGGGGCACAGCCAUUGGCCAAGCAACGGAUGCGGUUUCCUUCCUCCUCUUCUGUCUCUUGGCUUCCUGAACAAGAUGCUUCCCUUUGAAGUCUCCAAGAAACUGGUGAACUCUGUGCCAGGCUGUGCGGAUGAUGCGCUGGCAGGGCUGGUGGCCUGUAACCCAGCCAUACAGCUCCUGCAGGGGCAUCGGGUGGCACUGCGAUCUGACCUGGAGAAUGUCCGAGGCCGAGUGGCACUGCUUUCUGGAGGGGGGUCAGGACAUGAGCCCGCACAUGCAGGGUACAUCGGGAAGGGAAUGCUCACUGGUGUGGUGGCUGGUGCAGUCUUCACCUCCCCUGCAGUGGGCAGCAUAUUGGCAGCAAUCCGGGCAGUGACGCAGGCUGGUUCAGCCGGGACCCUGCUGAUUGUGAAGAACUACACUGGAGACCGGCUGAAUUUUGGGCUGGCCCUGGAGCAGGCACGGGCGGAGGGAGCUGAUGUGCAGAUGGUGGUGAUUGGUGAUGACAGUGCUUUCACCACACUGAAGAAGGCUGGGAGGAGAGGCCUGUGUGGCACUGUGCUCAUCCACAAGGUGGCUGGGGCAUUGGCAGAGGCAGGUGCCAGCUUGGAUGAGAUCGUCAGCAGGGUGACAGCUGCUGCGAGAGCCAUGGACAGUCCAGGGUGCAAACAACCUGCCUGGAUAUGGUUCCCCCCAGAAGGAAAAGGCUAUGUACCCCAUUCCAUACCCUGCUAUGUCUCUGGUCUCAGCAGCUGCUUAGAGCAGGGCACUUUGGGCGUGAGCCUGUCCCCCUGCAGUGUUCCUGGUUCCCAGCCUACCUUUCAACUGGCACCUGAUGAGCUGGAGCUGGGCCUGGGGAUUCAUGGUGAGGCGGGUGUGCGCAGGAUGAAGGUGGCAUCGGCUGAUGAGAUUGUGGAGAUAAUGCUUAAUCACAUGACAAACCCUUCCAAUGCUUCCCAUGUGCCUUUGGACUCUGGUGUCUCUGUGGUCCUCGUGGUAAAUAACCUGGGUGGCCUGUCCUGUCUGGAGCUAGGUGUGGUGGCCGGCUCAGCUGUGCACUGUCUGGAAAGCAGAGGUGUUCGAAUUGCCCGAGCCCUGGUUGGCUCCUUCAUGACCGCACUGGAGAUGGCUGGCGUCUCCCUCACCCUACUGCUGGUGGAUGACAAGCUCUUGAGACUGAUUGAUGCGGAGACCACUGCUGUAGCCUGGCCCAACCUAGCCAAAGCAUCUGUGACAGGUCGGAGCCGAGAGCUGGCAGCACCCAAGGGAGGAUCUGAGUCAGAGGAGCCUGCCUCAGGCACCGCACCAUCCUGCCAGCAUACACGCCUGGUUCUGGAGCGGGUGUGUGACGUCCUUCUGGGCAUGCAGGAGAAACUCAAUGAGCUGGACCGCGCAGCAGGGGAUGGGGACUGCGGGAACACACAUGCCAGAGCUGCCAUAGCUAUACAGGAAUGGUUGAAUGCAAGGCCCCCACCUGCCCAACCAUCCCAGCUCCUCUCUGUCCUGGCCAGGCUGCUGCUGGAGAAGAUGGGGGGCUCCUCAGGGGUGCUGUAUGGGCUGUUCCUUACAGCAGCUGCACGGCCACUGCAGAAUUGCAGCAACCUUCCAGCCUGGGCUGAUGCCAUGGACGCAGGCAUUGAAGCCAUGCAGCGGUAUGGAGGAGCUGCGCCUGGGGACAGGACCAUGCUGGAUUCACUAUGUGCUGCUGCAGGGGAGCUGCAUGCUUUGCGAGCCCCUGGUGCUGACCUGUUCCAGGUGCUGGCCAAGGCUGUCCAGAGUGCAGAGGCUGCAGCAGAAGCCACUAAGAAUAUGGAGGCAGGUGCCGGCAGGGCCAGUUACAUCAGUUCAGCCAAGCUACUGCAGCCGGACCCUGGGGCUGUAGCAGUUUCGGCCGUGCUCCGUGCUUUGUUGGAGGGGCUGCAGAGCCAGAGUGCGUAACUUUGCCCCACCUGACUCCUUUCCCUUAAUCCCAGGACCCCUGGGUACCCAUCCCCCUGCCACAUGGUGGAAGAACCCUGGCUGCAAUAAAGAUCCCUGCCUCCAGA